AUGUCUCGUCAGUUGUUAUUGUUACUGGCAUUUUGUUUAUCGUGGAGUAUAAUAACAGCACAACCUGACGCAGUGUGUGUCUCUGGUGAACUGGAUCUGGUAUUUAUCAUUGAUGCUUCUAAUAGCAUAGGUUGGGGAAACUUCUUGAGACUGAAGAAUUUUCUGAGAGGAUUAAUCACUCACCUGUCUAUAGAUAAUGGUGCGGUCAGAGUCGGGGCCGUCGUAUAUUCAACGUCGGUAGAAAUAGAAUUUCAUCUAGACUCGUACACCACAUCAGCUGACAUUGAUAAACACUUGUCACAAAUAAAGUACACAGACGGUGUAACCUACACAGCUGGUGCUUUAAACGUAACCAAAAACGUCUUAUUCACUGCAGAUAAAGGGGACCGAGAGAAUAUCCCUAAUUUCGUCAUACUGGUCACAGAUGGAAAUUCAAAUUACAGAAAAGAUCUCACUAUCCAAUAUGCUGACAAUCUUAAGGAGGUUGCGGUUAUUUACGCUUUAGGUAUUGGUAAAGAACUUGAGGAAUAUCCACAAGAGUUAUUGGAGAUUGUCCGACAACCGGAACUUGGGAAUGCUGAUAUGUAUCAAAUGUUGAAAGAUUACCAAGCCCUCGACGAAUUAAAAAAUGCUAUCUUCGACAAUAUGUGUCCAAUUAUACAACAGAAUACAGUUAUACAGAAUGGUUCUCCUUGCUACGAAGAAGGAAAAGUGUUUGAAAAAAGAUGCCGUACAUUUAAAUGCAUCAAUUCAAAAUGGAAAAAGAUGGGUUUUACUGGUUGUAUCAAUAAUGGAAAAUGCUUUGAAUGGGGAGAAAAACGAAGUGAUAUAUGCUACCAAUAUAAAUGUUCCAAACCUGCCGGUUGUAAAAAUAAUCUUUGUCCAAGCUACAACUACAGACUCGUCAAUGCAGGAUGUAUUGUGGACGGACAAUGCGUUGAUGAAAACAAAAUUGUCGAGGACACGAAUGUCUGUGCCAACUAUCAAUGUAUUAGACGAACCUUUGAUAACAAUGAAGUUUACAGCGAGUAUUUGAUGGUCGGAAAAGAAUGUGUGCGAUCUGACGGAACAUGUAGUGAGGUUGGUUACACUUACAAAGAACACUGCAUCAGCUAUGAAUGUCAAGCCUCAACUUUCAAUGGAAUCCUAACUGCUGAAUUUAUACCUGUAAACACCGCUUGUAAAUAUGGGAAUAAGUGUGUACAGCUUGGUGAAAGGGUAACAGAAGUGUGUGACGUAUUAGUCUGUAACUAUGACGACAAGGCAAUGGGUUAUGAACUUAUGUUGGAAUCACAAGGCUGUGAACAUAAUGGACAAUGUUUGAUGAAAAAUCAAAAGGUCUUUGAAGAAAGCACAUGCACAAAUUUUGUGUGUUCAUACUCUAAGAGACAAAACAGGCUAGUGAUGAAGGAAAGAGUUGCAGGUUGCAAAGGAACAGAUGGAAGUUGCGCUGCCAAAGGAGAUGUCGUUACUCAAAAGGGUUGUAUCAAGUAUCAGUGCGACAACAAAGGAAAUUUAGAACUGAUUGAAGCAGGAUGUGAUGUUGGUGGAGAGUGUAAACCAGUUGGAUCAAAAUGGCGACAACCUGGGGAGUGUGCAGUGUUUAGAUGCGUAUUGGUAGACACAAUGGACGACACUGUAGAAACAGAUAUUGAACAAGAUUUGGAAUGUCACAAUUUUGAUGGAGAAUGUGUUAAACCUGGUGAGGAAUUCGACGACCAUUGUAUGACCUACAGAUGUAAAAACAACGGCAAAUUAGAUAGAGUUGGUGCAAAAUGUGAAUAUGAUGGUAAAUGUUAUGAUAUCGGAGAUGACUGGGUGGACAGAAAGAGAUGUAAACACGUGGUUUGUAGGGCUGACAAAAAAUUAGGGGCUGUCUUCUUUAGAAGGAAAUACGGUUGUAAAGAUGACAAAGGAAACUGCUUUGCACCAGGAGAGUUUGCAGUGAAGGACGGAAGUUGUGUGAAAUAUAAAUGUUAUUCAGACCAUAUAUUGAGACGAGAAGAUUGCGAGUUUAAGGGCAAAUGUUAUGGCUCUGACAAGACAUGGGUUGAUAUGUCUGAAUGUUUGACUUUAUCCUGUUAUAAAGACGACUUCACUGGCGAAUCGGAACUGUCUUCUUCUCCAUACGGUUGCUUGGAAGAGGGCAUCUGUAAAAAUCCUGGUGAUACAUAUGAAAAGGAUUGUCAAAAAUAUGAAUGCCAGCCAAAUGGACAGGGAUUCCAGAUAGUUGAUUCUAAAUGUCCAUGGAAAAACAACUGUAAAAAUUUGAAUCAGACCUGGUUUGACAAAAAGACAUGUAGACGAUACGGUUGUUUUAAAGACGAAGAUGGAUUAGAUAUAGAAGAAAUUACCUAUGGAUGCCGUGGUAUGAAUGACGAAUGUAUUAAUGACAGGAAAGAUUUAGAUCAGGACAAUUGUAUCAGUUAUGAUUGUAAUAAUGGAAAACUGGUGCCACAGAAAGUUGGUUGUGAAUUAGAUGGUGAAUGUAUGAAAGUGAAUGAUUAUAAAGUUGACUCAGAAAAAUGUAUUAAAUAUAGAUGUGUUAUGUCAAGUGCUGGAGACGGAUUUAUUGCUACUAAAAUCAAAGAAAUAAGAGGUUGCCUAGACCACGACCAAUGUUUCUUCCCUGGAGCUAAGAAAGUAGAAGAUUGUAGUACCUAUGUCUGUUCAAGGGACGGAACAUUUAAGAUACAAGAUCCACAAUGUGAAUUUCUUGGACAGUGUAUACCUUUAGGAACAAAAUGGAGAAAUGAUGAAAAGUGCAAGAAAUUCAGAUGCGAGCUAAGCAAGUUAACUGGUCGACCAGUUGUUAAAUCAUUUGUUUGGGGCUGCAUGGGAAGAAAGAAGUGUGUUAAGUUUGGUGGGAAAAGGAGAUUGAGAAGAUGUGUUGUACAUCAAUGUCAAAAAACAGACGCUGGACCCAGUUUUGUCCCUGUUAAAAUUGGAUGUCUAAAGGACAAUGCUUGCAGGCCUCUUGAUUCCUCAUGGGUCAAUCAAGAUUUAUGCGUUAGAGAGACAUGCGGAUACGAAGAGGGUAACAUGUUCCCGGAUAUAUUGCCAUCACCAUACGGAUGCACCGAUGAAUCUGGAGUAUGUCGACCAUUUGGCGCCAAGGUCAAAGAUGAGAACAAUCCAUGCGUUAAAUACAAAUGCACACGAUAUGGUACGAUGGUACCAGUAAUAGUUGGAUGUCCUUACAACAAUAAAUGUAAACCUGAUGGGGCUGUAUGGAGAGACACAAAAACAUGUACAACAUAUAAGUGCAAGCGGGAAAAUGUCAGUCCAACAAGAGUUAUAAUGCAUACAGUUGAGAAGCCAGGGUGUAAAGGAAUAGACGGAAAGUGUGUUAAACAAGGCGAUACCAGACGAUACGAAUGUACUGAUUAUGUUUGUGACACGAGCAGAGGAGGACUUGUCAUAACUGGUCAAGGGUGCAUGCAUUGGAAGGAAUGCAAACCACUCAAUUCAACAUGGAUGGAACCAAGGACGUGCAUUACAUACCAAUGUCGAUAUGACCAAGUGUUAAACGAUUUAUUCAUAACAGAAAAACAAUAUGGCUGUCAAGAUGAAAGUGGAGAAUGUUUCAGCAAAGGCCAGCGAAAGCAACGAAGCUGUAAUAAAUUUGUUUGUAAUGCAAAGGGAAACUUCCAAGUUGUCAAAGCAGGAUGUGAAAAGAACGGAAAGUGUUACGCUAUUGACGAAUCAUGGCAGGAAGGAUGUGUUUGGUACACCUGUGCUAUGCUCGAUAAAGGACCUAACUUCGUUGAAACUGAGAUUGCCGAACGUCACGGUUGUGUUGGAGUUGAUGGUAAAUGUUAUGAGCCAGGAGAAACUUUCAAAGAUGGAUGUAUAUCAUACAAAUGCAAACCAGUAGGAGACUUCGAAGAGGAGAACUUUGGCUGUGUUGGAUUUGACGGAGGAUGUGUAUUACCAGGAGAAACAAUAGAUAAUGACUGUAACAAGUACCAGUGUGACCCGUCCUCGUUAGCUUUGCAACCAGUUCAUAUGUCUUGUAGCGUUAAUGGAGUCUGUAAAGAAAUCGACGAUAAAUGGUUUGACAAAGAGACAUGUCUGGGUUACAGGUGUGUUUACAAUCCAGAAACCAAUGAUGUUGACGUCAUAGAAAGAAUUUCAGGAUGUCAAACUGCCGACAAAUGUGUACGUCCAGGAGCAAGAGUAAAGGGGAAAGAUUGUGUUAAGUUCCAGUGUAAACAGGGAAAGAUGGUACCAACUGACAUAGGUUGUGAAUACGACGGAGAAUGUCUGCCAUUACAUAUGAGCAUACAAGAAGGUUGUUCAUGGAAGAAAUGUGUGAUUGCAGCAGAGGGUCCAAACUUUAUUGAUACUAGACUUAUAACUGAGCACGGUUGUUGGGAUUGUUACCAUAAGUGCCAUCGUGUUGGAGACGAGUUUACUCACGGUUGUAAAACAACACAAUGUAUGGCUGGUGGAUUUUCAAAAACUAUAUCCAAUCGUUGUAUGACACCUGAUGGUUACUGUAUCGGCUUUAAUGAAGUAUAUGAGUACACAAAAGGAACAGAGAAAAUGACAUAUGUUUGUGGUGAAGUUGGAGACCUGGAACCAGUCGUUGUCGAUCAUAAAUGUAAGAUGUCAGCUUUUGGCAAAGAAUAUGAUGUUGGAGCCGAGGUUGUAAUGGAAUGUAAAACAUACAAAUGUGUCAAGACGAUUGAUGCUGCUACAUUUGUUCAAAUCGGGGAAAAAUGCCGAGGAGAUGACGGCACGUGUUAUCCUAUAGAUCAAUCUGCAUGGGAUGCAGAGUGUGCACAGUACUCCUGUAGUAGGUCGAAAGGUGUUCUUCAGCUUUCAUCACAGCAAGGAUGUAAAGAUGCAGCCGGACAAUGUCACUCUGUUGGUUCAGUAUGGGAUGAGAAUACAGAAAGUCAGUGUGUGAAAAAAUCAUGUAACGUCGAAGGUUUAACUUAUUUUGAAAAAAUAAUUACACAUGAAUGUAGAGAUAUACAAGGACAAUGUCGGCAAGUUGGAGAUUCUGACUUUGAUGUUAAAAUGAAUGGCUUACUUUACCAGAGCUGUACGUGUAAUUACGAGAAUGAGAAAGUUGUUUAUCAGUGUCAAUCAACCUCUGAACUCCCGUAGAAGAUGACUUCUCUGACGCAGU